AAGGAUGGAGACAUUAUGUUGGGAGCAAUCUUCUCCUUUCACAGCAGCUGGAACAACAGAGAGGAUUCCUACAUGCACAAACCACCACCACUACAGUGUACCAGAUUGAACUUCAGGGGGUUCCAGUAUUCACAGGCAAUGAUCUUUGCAAUACAGGAGAUUAAUAACAGCACAGAAAUAUUACCUGGUAUUUCCCUGGGAUAUGAAAUUUAUAAUGGCUGUAGCUCUAUUGCCAGAGGAGUGAAGGUGGCACUGACCUUAACUAAUGGUAAUGAAGAGAAAUUUGUGCCAUCUGAGAUGUCGUGUACUAGACCUGCAGUACAGGCCAUUAUAGGAGAAACAUCCUCCUCUCCUUGCAUGGCUAUAGCUACUGUCAUUGGAACUUUUCAUAUUCCUAUGAUCAGCCACUUUGCCACCUGUGCUUGUCUUAGUGAUAAAGUCAAAUACCCAUCAUUCCUCAGAACAAUACCCAGUGACUACUAUCAAAGCAGAGCCCUGGCCCAGCUGGUCAGAUACUUUGGCUGGACUUGGGUGGGAGCUGUUAGAACCAAUGAUGAUUAUGGAAAUAAUGGAAUGGCCACAUUCACAGAAACUGCAGAACAGCUGGGGAUCUGUCUGGAGUACUCUGUCGCCUUCUUUAGAGCUGAUCCACCAGAGAAAAUAAAACAUAUAGUUAACAUAAUUAAACAUUCCACUUCCAAAGUGAUAGUAACUUUCCUCGCCCCAACAGAGGUUUAUUUACUAGUAAAUGAGUUGGCUCAGCACAAUCUGACUGGAUACCAGUGGGUCGGUACUGAGGCCUGGAUAUUUGAUUCCAAAACAGCAGUUAAAGACAAACAUCACAUUCUGGAUGGAGCUAUAGGUCUGUCCAUCCCUGAAGCACAUGUCAGUGGAAUGAAAGAGUUCAUGUUGGAUGUGAAGCCACUCAAUUCUUCUGGAAAUGAAUUAUUCACAGAAUUCUGGGAGACAUUAUUCAGCUGUAAAUUCAAACAGACUAGUUUAUCAGGCAAUAAUCAGAAAGAAUGUACCGGAGAUGAAGAUAUAACUGAAGUCCACAACAGUUUCACUGAUAUGUCACUCAUGCCCAUCUUUAACAAUGUCUAUAAAGGAGUGUAUGCUGUGGCCCAUGCACUGCAUAAUAUACUUGGCUGUAAUGAAACAUGUGACAACAAUGUGGCAUUAGAUCCAUUCAAAAUUUUACAACAUAUAAGAAAUAUUCGGUUUACAACAAAAGAAGGAGAUGAGGUUUACUUUAAUGAGAAUGGAGACCCUGCAGCAAAGUAUGAAAUAAUCAACUGGCAGCCCACACAAAAUGGUAUUGUGGACUUUGUCACUGUUGGUCUUUAUGAUGCCUCCUUACCUGCAGACAGACAGAUGAAUAUAGAAAAUAAAAUUAUAACCUGGGCACAAAACUCAAAACUGGUACCAUUAUCGGUUUGUAGUGAGAAGUGUCCUCCAGGAACCCGAAAGGUUCUGCAGAAAGGAAAGCCAGUCUGCUGUUAUGACUGUAUACGAUGUGCAGAAGGAGAAUUCAACAACUUUACAGAUUCUAUCACCUGUGAACGAUGCCCUCCUGAUUUCUGGUCUAAUGAGAAAAGAGAUGCCUGUGUGAAGAAAGAGACUGAGUUUCUGUCUUAUGAGGAAAUUAUGGGAUGUCUGCUCACUGCAGCAUCUUUAUUUGGAACAUGCAUGACUUGUCUUGUGGCAUGCAUUUUCUUCAGAUACAGGAAAACUCCUAUUGUCAGGGCCAACAACGCUGAGCUGAGUUUCCUGCUGCUCUUCUCUUUAACCCUGUGUUUCCUGUGUUCUCUGACCUUCAUCGGACGUCCAUCUCAGUGGUCCUGCAUGCUCCGUCACACAGCUUUCGGCAUCACCUUCGUCCUCUGCAUCUCUUGUGUUCUUGGUAAAACUAUAGUGGUGUUAAUGGCCUUCAGGGCUACACUUCCAGGCAGUAAUGUGAUGAAAUGGUUUGGGCCUGUUCAACAGAGACUCAGUGUUGUGGGAUUUACUCUUAUACAGGUGUUGAUAUGUAUCCUCUGGUUAAACAUUUCUCCUCCUUUUCCUUUUAGAAAUUUCAAGCAAUUUAACAACAAAAUCAUCAUCGAGUGUGCUCUGGGCUCUGCUAUAGGCUUCUGGGCUGUACUCGGGUACAUUGGACUUUUAGCUUUGUUAUGUUUCGUUCUUGCUUUUCUGGCUCGGAAGCUGCCUGAUAACUUCAAUGAAGCCAAAUUUAUAACCUUCAGCAUGUUGAUAUUCUGUGCAGUCUGGAUCACUUUUAUCCCAGCUUAUGUCAGCUCUCCAGGGAAGUUCAGUGUUGCAGUGGAAAUAUUUGCUAUUCUGGCCUCUAGUUUUGGACUUCUCAUUUGUAUUUUUGCCCCAAAAUGUUACAUAAUCAUACUGAAACCAGAGAAGAAUACAAAAAAGAGCAUGAUGGGUAAAGGAGGAUCAAAAUCAUUUUAA